CCCACUCCGAAUUCACGCGACACAACCUUUGCCUCCCUUCAUAACACACGGUCAUGCAGACUGCCAGUGCACUGCGUUCCAGCGUGCGUUCCAGCGUGCGCUCGUUCGCUUCGUCGGCAAGAUACCAAGCUAGUCCUGCCCUGAAUAAGGAGUUCAAGAUUUAUCGCUGGAACCCAGAUGACCCUGCCAAGAAACCUACUCUCCAGUCUUACACCAUUGAUCUUAACCAGACUGGGCCAAUGAUUCUUGACGCACUCAUCAAAAUCAAGAAUGAAGUCGAUCCCACGCUAACCUUCCGUCGUUCGUGCAGAGAGGGCAUCUGUGGUUCGUGCGCGAUGAAUAUCGACGGUCAAAAUACCCUCGCCUGUCUCUGUCGCAUCGACAGAAACCCGAGCAAGAAAUCUAAGAUUUAUCCUCUUCCUCACAGUACGUUCCUCAUCGUGACAAUUUUAAAUCCCCUCAACACCUUCGCUUUUACAGUGUAUAUCGUGAAAGACCUGGUCCCUGACCUGACGCUCUUCUACAAGCAGUACAAGUCCAUCAAGCCCUACCUCCAGAACGAUAACUUGCCCGAGCAGGGCGAGUUCUUGCAAACACAGGAAGACCGCAAGAAGCUCGAUGGUCUUUAUGAGUGUAUUCUAUGCGCAUGCUGCUCGACAAGUUGUCCGUCGUAUUGGUGGAACCAGGAUGAAUACUUGGGUCCUGCAACGCUGAUGCAGGCAUACCGCUGGAUCGCUGACUCUCGUGAUUCAUAUGGUUCCCAGAGAAAGGAGCAACUCCAGAACGAGAUGAGCAUGUACCGUUGUCACACGAUUUUUAACUGCGCACGUACCUGCCCGAAGGGUCUUAACCCUGCAGAAGCCAUUGCGAAGAUCAAGCUUGAGCUUGCAGCUGACUAAAGUUCAACAGUCUUGCGUGAUACAAAACCACGAUGGGACGGAACUUAUGUGUGAAUAGCUAGCUGGUUUUUCGCUCGUUCCAGUGUAUCAUCAGUGAACAUAUUGAAACAUUUUAUUUACUUGAAA